CGCCAGUUUUGAUAAUGGUAGGACCUGGAGGAUGGUCGACACUUAUGUACAGACCUAUAAAUGGGGAAGUAUAGACGACGACCCCAAAACAAUCUAUGCAACAGUUGAUCCCCAGAAGACACACCCAUUCCUAGCUACUUUUGUAGCCGUACGGUAUAUCCUACACCGCUACUCUGAUGGGACAGCAGGGAGUAAAACUAAAAUCUUAGAGAAUGUCGUGUCAUUUGGACAUCAGGAAAAAUUCCUCUAUGCCUCAAUUUAUUCACCACAAGUAAGAGGGAAUAGACUGAUAAAAAUAUCGACCAAUCAAGGCAAAACUUGGCAUACAGCUCAGCUUCCAACCAUCACAGGAGAUAGGUUUUUCUCUGUUCUGGACAUGAAUGAGAAGUUGGUGUUCAUGCAUGUGGAUAACCCAGGAGAUACAGGACACGGGACACUGUAUACGUCUGGAGCCCUGGGGGUCGUUUACUCCGAGUCCCUGCCUAAACACCUGUACCCUAACUAUGGGGAUGUAACGGACUUCUACCGCGUGGAGUCGAUGCGGGGGGUCUACAUCACCAGUCAGAUUAAUGAGGAUAACAGCAUCCACAGCAUGAUCAGUUAUAACCGCGGGGCCAUGUGGCAGAAACUGCCCCGCCCUAACAAUGCCCCGUGUAAGGACGAGAAAAAGCCCUGUCACCUCCAGAUACACGGGACGUACAGCAUUCAGAGGGGGGUCAUCGCCAGUCCCCCACUCAGCACAAAGGCAGCCCCAGGGAUAGUUCUUGUUCAUGGUCACGUGGCAGAUGCCCUACAGACAACUCACCCUGAUGUGUACGUCACCAGUGACGGGGGUUACACAUGGGCCAAGGCAUUGACUGGUCCCCACCAUUACCAGAUAGCUGACAGUGGGGGUUUACUGGUGGCCGUCUCCGUAGACAAUCCCCAGCCGACGACAAUCAAGUUCUCCGUGGACGAGGGUCAGUGUUGGCACGAGUACAAGUUCGUACAGAACCCGGACGAGGAGAUCGUAAUGACAGGACUGCUGACAGAGCCUGGGAACCAGGCCCUCUCUGUGGGGGUGUGGGGAUACCACCCAAAGAACAAGACAUGGACUGCAUUCAUCAUUGACUUCUCCAAGGUCAUCAAACGCCAGUGUGGGUCAGAUGACUACAAGAUAUGGGUCCCCCACUCCACACUCCGAGCCAAUGAAGAGGCGGACGUAAAGGGUUGUCUGCUGGGGAUGAGGGAAGAUCUCAAAAGGAUCAGAAAGGACAGCUGGUGCCACAAUGGGUAUAAUUAUACAAUAGAGAAGAAAACAAAAAAUUGUAUGUGUACUCGCGAGGAUUACGAAUGUGAUUAUGGAUACCUGAGAGGUGCGGGCUCAGACAUCUGUCAAAAAGACCGCUCGUUUGUAAAACCAGACAUUGACAUUUGUCUGAGAGGCCACGAAGAGAAAAUUGUUACGGAGGGAUACAGGAAGAUCCCAGGAGAUGUGUGUGUGGGAGGGUUUUCUCCAUCGGGGCGACAGAUAGACAUGUCCAUACAAUGCUCCGAGGAUUCCAAAGAACUUGUACUGGAGGAAAUUACCUACAAGAAGGAGUCGGGAGGUCACAAUAGCAGUGUGAUAGCGGCGGUGGUGAUCAUUGUCGUGUUGUUAGUUGUUAUCAUGGGUGUCUUCCUAGUCCACAAAUACAUAAUACUCAGGCGACAGUGAGUAUCCACAAAUAUAUAAUACUCAGGCGUCAGUG